ACUAUCAGUCUAUUCAUUUGCUCUUUUUGCUGCUUUGCAUGCAGGGUUAUGAUAUUAGCUUCCUUAUAACAAAUUACCACUGUGAGGAUAUGCAGAAGCACAAGCUCAUUGAUUUUAUCGUACAAUUCAUGGAGGGUUUUCAUGUUGAUUACCUUCCUAAAGGCAGAAGGCAGUGGCUUGCGUUUAACGUGCGCUCUGCUGAUGAUGAAGGGGGUUGGAAAGCAUCUCUUGCAGCAGUUGCUGAAUUUAACAGGCUCAAGCAUUCUAUCGCUUCUCCUUAAACAUGGCGCUAGAGUGAGCCAAAAGAAUAAAUUAGGAUUGACUGCAUUUCAUACGGCUGCUGGUAAUGGUAACUCACAGGCACUUCAGAUCCUUCUACUGGAAGAUCUUGAUGGUAUCAACUACAAGACAGAGAUGAAAGAAACGCCACUGUUUUUUGCAGUAAAGAAUGACCAUAUGGAUUGUGCAGAGAUUCUUUUACGCUGGGGAGCAAAUUAGUGAAGUUCUGAAUUUGCGGUAGGAACAAUGUUUAGUCCUUUUCGUCCUGCUCAUAACGACUAUGUUCAUUUUACUUUGUAGUCUCUAAGAAUAAGACCAUCGCCCAUGCACUUCUGAUGCUUUCUUUUAUUUUUUGCUUGCGGCUGUAUGCAUAUGCAUGAACAGACCAUUAUAUAUGCUCUUCAAUUCAACUUAUGCUUACCAGUAGACAAAGACCAAUAGAUUUAGCAAAGUCGCAAGAUAUGCGUUUUAUGCUAAAUCCAACCAAUAUCAGUCUUAGUAAGUUGAA